AUGGAAUUGAGCUCCGCUAUCCGUCUCGGCCAUCCCAUUGCCUUUAGCUUGUUCAUCUUCUUCUCGCUGGUUGUGGCUAUCAUUGCCUCUGCAGUUACUGCUGACUUCAACUCUAAUGGUGGAUAUGACAAGACCGUUACCCGUGAUAGCACUCGCUUUAUGGUGUUCACGGGAUGGUGGAGUUUCCUCUUUGGUGUAAUCUUUUUGGUUCUAUUCCUCACUGGCACCGGCGGUGUUGCUUCCUCAAUCGCUGUUCACGGCGUGGUUCUGCUGAUUACAUGGAUCUUCUGGCUCUGUGGUUCUGCGGCCCUUUCGAAUGUUGUAGGCAACGAGUCUUGUGGCAAUGACGAUGCUGUGCGUAACUGCAACUCUCUCAAGGCCAUUCUCGCUUUCGGCUGGAUUGGCUGGAUUGAGCUGACUGCUCUUCUGGCUGUUAUUUGCUACCUCGCAUUCAAGGCUUUCCGUGGCGGCCGCGGUGUGCAACAAGGCUUUGCAUAA